UGCGCGUGCGUGCGUGCGCGCGGACGCUCGGCUCCGGUAUCCGUGCUCGGGCAGAGCUGCACGGAGAGGAAUGAAGAGAACAGAAAAGAAGAAAACAUUUGCAUGAGAAAUCAUAAUAAUAAUAAUAAUAAUAAUAAUAAAAAAGAAGAGACGAAUCUGCUGCGUUACUGAGAUCUGAGCUUGGCGCGUGCGUGCACGGAUCGCCCUUAUCGAAGAGCAGAAGAAUAAAUAAAUAAAUAAAUAAAUAAAUAGUAAUAAUAAUAAUAAUAGAAAAAACAGUAGAGACGUCCUGCUCUCCGCGUGCACGGGGAUACAUGAGAAUUGGGGACAGGAUGGAGCGCGAGGGAUGACGGGCGGAGAGCGGAGGGCGACGGCACGCGCGUGUUCGGAUGCGUUUCUGCGCAGGUUCUCCCGCGUGCUCAUCUCCUGCACGGAGUUUUUCCUGCUGUAGACUACCGCAGAAUCGCUCGAGCACAUCCGGUCCAUAGUCUCGCGCUGCACACGGACCGUUUUGGUGUUUUUUUUUUUUUUUUUUUUUGGGAUUUGGCUUCUCCUAAAUCACACACACACACACACACACACACCGCUGUCUCGUCUCAGAAUCACUGGAUCACAUUCUUUUUUUCUCACACUGAUUAGGAUCGAUUAAGGAUUCUGGAUUAAGGAGCGCGCACUGGUUUUUUUUUUUUUUUAUUUGAUUGUGUUUUUUUGUUAAUGCAGAAGGAAUUCAUCUCUCCAUCUCUCCAUCUCUUCAUCUCUCCGUCUCUCCGUUACGAGUUUAGAAGUCGCGAGGGGAAGAUCCGGUGCGCAUUUCUGCGUCUCUGCGGUGGAGAACUCCAGCGGAUUUGUGCGGUUGCGUCUUUUUGAUCUUCCUGAUUGAUGCGGUCCGGUUCUGUUUGGAAAAUAAUAAUUACAAAUCAGCAUCAGGAGAGGAGGAAGAGGAAGAGGAGGAGGAGGAGGAGGACGAGAAUCGGAACUUCAGCGGCGGAGACCGGCCUGGAGAGGUCUUGUGUGAGGGUAGCUAACGGAGCAAACUUCUAAUUUCCACUCGAAAAGACGGACUUCCUCAAGAGCUCCUUUUUCUCCAAGCUGGAAGUUUGUGACAUCAUUUCAACAUGGCGGCGGCUACAAUGCAACGAGCUCACAUGGUUCCCUCAGGACCUUCGCUCCAUCUGAGGAGGUGGCAUUGAUCUUAUUACCCAGAAUUCCUUAGGAGAACACAUGAUGAGAUGAGUGACACAGGAAGAGCCUUCAUCUCUGGACGAGGAAGCUGAUAAACCAUGGAGCGGUUCAUUUUGUGCAUGAUGCUGUUUGGGGUUCUGGUGAGAGGACAGCAGUGCCCAGGCCGAUGUAUCUGCCAGACCAUCUCUCCCACCCUGACCUUGCUUUGUGCCAAGACUGGACUCCUAUUUGUGCCGCACACUAUUGACCGCAAGACCGUAGAGUUGAGGCUCACAGACAACUUCAUCACGGCUGUCCGUAGGAAGGACUUUUUAAACAUGACAAGCCUGGUGCACCUGACACUAUCCCGCAAUACCAUAAGCCAGAUUGCACCUCAUGCCUUUGUUGGACUCAAAGCAUUAAGGGCGCUUCAUAUGGAUGGCAACCGACUGACUGAUAUAAAGAAUGACCAGCUGAAAGGUUUGGUCAACCUUCGGCAUCUCAUCCUGGGGAACAACCAGAUCCACCAUAUUGACCCUUCCUCCUUUGACGAGUUUGUAUCCACUAUUGAGGAUUUGGAUUUGUCUUACAACAACCUGAGGACGUUGCCGUGGGAGGCUAUAGCCAGGAUGACCAACAUCAACACGCUAACAUUGGAUCAUAAUCUUAUCGAUCACAUAGAAGCUGGGACUUUCACGCUACUCACCAAACUGGUCCGCUUGGACAUGACGUCCAACCGUUUGCAGAAGCUGCCUCCAGACUCCCUCUUCCAGCAUGCUCAAGUGCUGUCUGAUCCUAAGGGUUCCUCUGGUUCCUCUAGGCUGACAGUGAGUUUUGGUGGGAACCCACUGCACUGUAACUGUGAGUUGUUGUGGUUGCGCAGGCUCACCCGAAAGGAUGACCUGGAGACUUGCGCCUCACCUGAUCAUCUUAUGGACAAGUACUUCUGGUCUAUUCAGGAGGAGGAGUUUAUCUGUGAACCCCCUCUCAUUAUCAAGCACCACGUUACUAAGCCGUACGUGAUGGAAGGCCAAGGCGUCACGCUCAAGUGUAAGGCCAUGGGUGAUCCAGAUCCUGCCAUUCACUGGCGCUUUCCUGAUGGAAAACUGGUCCACAAUAACUCACGUACCAUCCUGUACGAUAACGGCACUCUGGACAUACUGAUUACAACCCUGAAAGACAGCGGGGCGUUCAACUGUGUCGCCUCGAAUGCUGCAGGAAUAGCCACGGCAGCCGUAGAGAUAAACAUGAUCCCACUGCCGUUGUUUGUCAACAACACCAGUCACAUGAAGGAGGCUGACCCUGGCCUGUCUGACAUCACCACCUCCACUAAAUCUGGCAACAAUGACACCAAGCAACAGGACAAGAGGGUGGUGGUGGAUGAGCUGACUUCCAAUUCAGCCAUGAUCCACUGGCCUUCAGAGAGACAUAUUCCUGGAAUAAGGAUGUACCAGAUCCAGUAUAACAGUACUAUGGAUGACACUCUCGUCUAUAGGAUGAUUCCCUCUGAGAGCAAGACGUUCCGGAUCAACGACCUGGCGGCGGGACGUGAGUACGAGUUGUGUGUCCUUGCCGUGUACGAUGAUGGCAUCACGUCCCUCACUGCCACACGUGUGGUGGGCUGUGUCCACUUCCGCACCGCACCUGAGACCGGCCAGUGCCAGUUUGCUCAAGCACAGUUCCUGGGUGGCACCAUGAUCAUCAUCAUCGGUGGCGUCAUUGUGGCCUCUGUGCUCGUCUUCAUCGUCAUCCUGAUGAUCCGAUACAAGGCAUAUGGCACGGCCGAUGCCUCCAAGGUCAAAGGUGGAACGUCUGUAAGCAUCCACCAGUCGGGCCGUGCUACAUCAAAGAAACAGGAGCAUGUAGGCGAGUCUCCGGUUGGUACAGAUAGCCAUGCUAUUGCGCUACUUAGCCUUGAGAAUGAGACUCAGCAGGAAGAGAAGGCAUUGACACCUCCGGUUAACUCAGAGGUGGCGGCUUUGGCUCUCGUACCUGCUCCACCCAUUCCGCCAUCCCGCAGGGCAAGUUUAGGAGCCCCACCUUCAGAUGAUGCCCAGACGGACAGCAGCCUGACAGGCUCCACCAUGUCGCUUUGCCCCAUGGGCACCAGCACAAGCGACAGGGACAGGAAGCGGACGGCAGCGGCCAUUGGGUUGCUGCCAGGUGAGCUGGCAAGGGCGAGGCACCGCUUCUCCUUUGAUGGGGACUACACGCUCUUCCAGAGCCACAGUUACCCGAGACGGGCCCGUGCCCGCCGCCACAAAUCCAGCUCACAGCUUGAUGUCUCGCCUCCGACUGAACGCCGCAUCACGUUCAGCAGCAGCACUGAAUGGAUGCUCGAGAGCACAGUGUGAACAAAUACAUAUACAUUGGGGUCCCAACUAUCUUUAUUUCAUCGGUUAUCAUAGGUGAAUUCAAUUUUACUAAAUUUCUCAAACAAAAUCACUAAUAUUGCUUAUUAGUGUUUACUAAUUCACUAGUAUAAUUCCAGACUAGACUAAGACUGGAGGUGAGGGCAAUCUUGCCUGCUCCCACAGUUUUCUGACAAAUUCCUUGAUCUUGACCAGGAAACUGCAGUUACUGAUGAGGGGUUAAUGAAAGUAGUAAAUCUGUCAUGCAUUGUAAACAUGCUCGUGUUAAGAAAUGUGACUAGCUUCAUAUCCAACUGCACUCAACAAGUUAAAAACUUCCCCCUGCCAUGACAUUUUUGUUGGGUCCUGCAGGAUCCCAGUCCCAAUACGCACCUCUAGUAUAGACUAUAACACUCCUGGAACACCAGUUCAAUUUUAUGUCAUUUGUGUGUUCCUCUUAUUCCUGAGCCACCUGAAAAUUCCCUCCAGGCAUACUCUGCACACUGGCAGCCAUUUUUCACCUUGUGGCAGUCAAAUCCCUCUCCACUGGUAUCUCGCAGAACUUACUAUGUUUACUUUACCGUCAGUUGCCAUGGUUUCAGAGUGAUAUCCACACAAGCUAGCUUGAGAAUGGAUAAAAAAAAACGACACAUUUGACCACAAAUCCUUCAUCCUUCACUUAAAAAUAGUAAUUCUGAAAGGACAUGCUUGUGUAUAAAAUGCAACUGUGUAAUGUGUCACUCUCUCCUAGUGUCAGGGUGACCUUCAAAAACAGGCUUAAAUGGUUUAAUGUACAAAAAUAAGAUGGCAAAAACACUGAUGCUGUUCAAACACUUGAAGCUUUUAGCAGUAAAGUGAGUCUCACUGACAGGCUUAGGAUCUCAGAGUAGGAGUGAAUAUUUGGAACAAAAAAAAAUCUUUCACAAUUGGGGGAAAACAAAUACACCACUGUCACUGUUACGUUGAACUUUGCUGAACUUUGUCGCAUCACUUGCCCUGCCCAUUUCCCAUCACUAACAGUAGUGGUACAGUUAGCAUUUGUGGAUUUCUAAUGCUCCAGUCAGAUUUCUGAAUGCUACCGCAGCCACUUGGUCAAUAUUCACAGCAUGUUUUCAGUUUUAAUCAACUAAAAUCUGAAAUGUGCUGGAAUGGGAUUGGUGCAUCUGGAGGGGGUGUUUAAGUGGCUCUGGAGUGGGAGGAGUCAGAGGUGUGCAUGAUGAAACAGACGUGAAACAGACCUGCCAACCAGGAAGAGGAAUAAUGCAAAGUCCAACAGAAGUGAGGGAUUAAAAAAAAACACAGUAAACUGUAAAAGAGUUUGAUCCUUUGUAGAAACUGAGAAAUGUUUGCACAUGGCUGACAUUUUCACUGUUGAUCUGCUUAAAAUGCAGGCGUACCAAACAGUGUUUUUACUUUCUAAUUAUCACUCCCAUUAAAAUUACUUGUGAAAUGUUCGAGCUGACAUUUUGUUGUAGGUCUAAUCUUUUUUCUGUCUGUUUUGUAUUUCAGACAGUGCACUAAAGCUUUUGGUGCAUGUCUCAUAAAUCUAGCUGAUUGAUGUUAACUGUAAAUGUGUAUAAUGUUAGCAAAGUCAGACAUACGUUGAUAGAUUUGAUUUCAUGUUAAUGAACGCAAAACAUUCUCUACUCACCGUGACAGAAAGCAAGGACACCGCGUCAGUUCAUCUCGCAAGUAAGAAAAAGUCAAGAUGAAACAUUAGUAUAGUGAGAUGGAGGGAAGGGAGUGGGGUUUCCAGAGAGUGAGCUGUUAGCGGAGAGUUCAAAACACUUACGCAACUGUUCAUCGUUCCAAAUUUGUAUAACGAUUGGUUUAUAUGACAUUUUAUCGGGGAAUAAAGAUGAUGUUCUUUAUAGCGAUAACUUGUAGCUACUUAGAUGUUAAAAUGCGGAGCUUGUAUGCGAAAUGGAUAAAGGUUGACAGAUGUUGCUCUAGAAGCAAUAAAAAGAGGUUCCGUCAGAAAAAAAAAACGUUUACCAAAUUGGGAGCAUAAAGCGAUACUAUUUGGAUUAAACAUUCACCCUGAAAAUAAUUUGAAAUUCAAUUUGAGACCAAUUUCAGGUUUAUAUGUUGGUGUUAUUGGCAUUUUCAUGAUUAAAACAAAAUAUUCGAUAACUGAUGGAAAUAAAGUUUCAGAUUUUGGGAUCCUGAUAUAAACACACACACACACACACACACACACACACUUUUUUUUCCCUCAUGUGUCAUGUGUUGUCCAUGUUCAGUGUUUUAUUUGAAAGCACAGUCUGGCUCCGUUCUGCUUCAGACACAGAGAGAGAUGGUGAUAAAGAGAAAGAAACGGUCGCCACGCCCUUUCCCAUAAUGCAGCGGUGCCUUAUUCCUGAACGUGUACCAAUGGAAGAUGUGCUGCUAUGUGUUCAUCCACUCUUCAUACAUGACAUCCAUCCUUUUGUUUAAUGCUUAUUUUUCUAUGUGAUGCCACGGCGAGAGGUUGGUGGAUAUGUGACUGCUCUGUUUUCUUUGUAAUACUUCAUAAAAAAAAAAAAAAACGAUGAAGAUGAUGAUCGCGAUAAUGAAUGAUAAAAGUCCAAACGUGAGAGUCCAGAGUCACGAUGCUCACGUGGGUCUGAUCAUUUUAGAUGACUGAAUGCACAGAAGACACGAGAUGCAGAACAUCGGACAUGCAUCGGACCAGUCUAUACGACGCAGAUAAAUUUUAAAAAAUAAAAUAAUAUUAAUAAUUCAUACAAAUACCGAUUGCAUUCAUUAGAAAAGGAAAAAAAAAAAAAACUGAGCCUGGGAAUUUCCUUGGACUCUCUCAGCCAGGAUGGACUACGUUGUGAUGAAAAUCAGAGAAAUGACUGUACGAUCGUCAUCGGUAUUGUAUCUGGCUGGUCUAGAUUAAAACAAAAAAACAAAAAAAUCUGCAAAUGCAAAAUACAUAUAUGAAUAUAUUCCGAACUAUCUCUGUAUGUGUUCCAAAUAUGUAAAGUCAUAGGUGACGUGACUUUUUACACAGCAUUCUGGGUGAUGGCUGCCAGUUUUUUACAUUAAAAAUCUGCGUCGUCACAUCCUCCUCCUGAUUUAGUUUAUUAAAGUUUGGACCACUUAACUCGUGUGGAAUUUCAAUGUGUAUGUGAGCGCGUGUGUGUGUGUGUGUGUGUGGACGUGUCUGAUUGGAUUGAUGGGAAAAACAGAGAAAUAAAAAACAUUCCUCAGUGUUCAUUUUAUUUGAAAUAAAAAUGAUGAAAAAAAAAAUCAUAAAAAUUAAAAAUGUAAAAAAACAAAUACGUAUUAAAAAGCAAUUAUAAACAAACAAACAAAUAACACAAAAUGCUAAUAAAUAAAUAAAUAAAUACAUUUCUUUUUACUUCUACCUUAUAUUAUCCUUUAUAGUUACUUAUACUUUACACUUAUACUACAU